CCUUGCAGAGGACGGCAGAGCUACAAUAGACGAUAGAAGCAAAGAAACAACUCGCAAGCGACAUUUCCCACCUACUUGUGCAGGCCCACAUUCCCACGACUCACCACCGAACUUCACAUCACGGAACCAUGCUCUCUUCAUACCGCUACUGUCUAGCUGUCCUAGCCAUUCUCUCGAUAUGGGUCUGCGAGCUUGCGAACGCGCAGAUUGUCACCACCAUAAUCGUCCGACCGCCUCCUCCUCGACCAACACCAGUUCCAGUUCCCCCACCACGGCCCGUUCCCCCAACCAUAGUCCCUCAACCGCCGACUCCUGUCGUCCCUGCUCCACGCCCAACCGUCGUCGUCCCUCGUCCCGUACCCGUACCGGUACCCACUGUCGUAGCCCCACCAGCACCCACUUCCGUCGGGCCAGCCCCCGUAUUUCCCACCGCAGCACCCGUUCCACCCGCCGCACCGGAUGUCCCGCCUACAACGGAUGAAAUCAUCCCGUCUUCUGUGUCCCUGGCGGUGGUGGCGACGCCUUCCGCUCGUCCCGGCAUCAACUUGAUACCAGCGGCUCCGCCGGCCGCGCCUGCUACCGCUGGUACUCCGGCUGCCGAGACGACUGGCAGUAAACCGGUUUUCUCAGGACCUCUGCGAAUCGGUGUGAUUAUUCUGGGUGCAUUGCUCGGACUCACGAUCGUUCUUGGACUGGGCUCGCUUAUCAUCCACAAGCUCAAGCGCAAAAGCCACGACGGAGCCGACUUUUCCCUUCCCUCCCGCCUCUCCGGCACCUUCAACCGCGCCUUCCGCAACAACUCCCAAAACCCUACAAUAAUGCCCUCCGGCAAAGGCCCCGCCCUACCCCCGAAAUUCGCCGAAUACGGCGCCUCCCAACCCAUGACCAUGACACCAUCCUCCCGCCCCGCGCGCGCACCCAUGCCCUUCACAUCAAUGGCACCCUCCGCCUUCUCCACCGCGGGCCCACAACCGCGCAUGCACGCCGCGUACGCAGACUCGCCGUGGACGCAACCGCCACCCGCUGCGUCGCAAGCGGGUGGGUAUCCCGCACCGUACUCGCCGGUGGUGCCGCAGCCAAAUUACGGAGGGCCGGCGGCGAGCCAGGGUGGGUAUGGGUAUGGGAAUGGGUCGGGACAGGCAUAUAGAUAGGAUUGGACACCCAGAGAGGCGUAGGAUUUUUGUGCUGCAUGGACGUAUACCCCCAUCCCACUCCCACAAAAAAAGACAGUAAUGCACCCUGUUAAUGCUGGACAAUCCUGUGCUCCUCUCCCUACCAUGUUGGCGUAGUCCACCUCACACCAAACUACUUUUUUAUUGUUUACAUGCCCAUGCUAUUUUCUGUACCUGACAUUUCUUUUGCGUUCUAUAUUGCAUAAUACUUUUUCGUUCUACCUUACACUUCAUGAUUCAUUUGGCCAUUUACUUGUUUCAUUCGCGUAUCCUUCGGCAGAUUUUUCUUUGCUUGUUAUAGAAACAUCAAAUAACACAA